AUGAAGCUGAUUCUGGUUCUCAUUAUUCUGCUGUGCGAGGGGUCCACAGAGCGGACGCGGUUCAAAAAAUGUUUUAAUAAUAUCGAAGGCUACUGCAGGAAAAAAUGCAAAAUGGGAGAAAUAUAUGAAGCAGCAUGUCGAAAUGGGAAAUUAUGCUUGAACCUGAUCCUGUAA